UAGUUUUUCAGGAAGCUGAAUUUUACACAACAUCUGUUGCCUGAGAGUUUGUCUGAGCCCUGGAUACUUUCAUGGUAGCUUAUUUUAGGGUUAGAAAAUCUGGUGGCCAUCAACAACCUUUAACGAUUCUGUGAAGCAUUAGGCUAAUUAAAACUCGCAUUGAACCAGGAGAGAAGCCCUCCAUGAGCCCGCAGGUAGCAGCUCAAGAGCAGAUUUACAGAAUCAACAUCUGAACUUUUGUCAUGAGCCUCUCUGAAGAAACAGACACAAACACAAUGAACAGUUUAAUUGAUAGAGAAUCUGCUGACCCUAACUGUGUGUCAAUGAAGAGUGAUGAAUCAGUGAGAUAUCCACCUGGCUUCAGUUCAGGAGACUCUGGUGCAGAUGUGAGUAACACAACAGAAUCUGUCAAAGGGCAGGAUAUGGAUUUGGUUUUUCAGGAGCUUGAGCAAAAAAUAAUCUCACUGAUGAAGAAAGAGCUGAAGAUCUUCAAGAGUCUGCUGAGCUCAGAUUACGCAGCAUGCUCUGAGAGAAAGGAGGAGGAGGAUGACAAAGAUCAGAUUAAAGUCAGAGAGAAACUUCUGAAGAUCACACUGCACAUCCUGAAGAAGAUAAACCAGACAAACCUCGCUGAUAAACUACAGAGCAAACUUGUACAGUUUUCUCUGAAAAAACACAAAUCCAGACUAAAGGAGAAAUUCCAGAGAAUAAAUGAAGGAAUAUCAAGUCAAGGAAACUCUACUCUUGUGAAUGAGAUCUACACAGAGCUGUACAUCACAGAGGGAGGGAGUGAAGAACUCAAUAAGGAACAUGAGGUGAGACAGAUUGAGACAACAUCCAGAAGAUCAGAGACACAAGAAACACCAAUCAAAUGUAAUGACAUCUUUAAAGCUUUACCUGGACAAGACAAACACAUCAGAACUGUGCUGACUAAAGGAGUUGCUGGAAUUGGAAAAACCGUCUCUGUACAGAGGUUCAUUCUGGACUGGAGUAAAGGAAAAGCAAAUCAGGAUCUUCACUUCAUAUUUCCACUUCCAUUCAGAGAACUGAAUCUGAUGAAGAACAGAAAUAUCAGUCUGAUAGAUCUUCUUCAUCAGUUCUUCAUAGAUACAAAAGAACUGAGAUCAAGAGACUUUGAUGUCUAUAAAGUUGUGUUUAUCUUUGAUGGUCUGGAUGAGUGUCGACUUCCUCUAGAUUUCUCAAACAAUCAGAGUUUGUCUGAUUUAAGAGAGAGAGCUUCAGUGGAUGUGCUUUUGACAAACCUCAUCAAGGGGAAUCUGCUUCCUUCUGCUCUGAUCUGGAUAACAUCACGACCAGCGGCAGCCAAUCAGAUUCCUUCUGACUGUGUUCACCAGAUCACAGAUGUUCGAGGGUUCAAUGAUCUUCAGAAGGAUGAGUAUUUCAUCAAGAGAAUAAAUGAUGAGAGUUUGUCCAACAGAAUCAUCAAACACAUCAAAUCAUCCAGGAGUUUGUACAUCAUGUGUCAGAUCCCAGUCUUCUGUUGGAUUACAGCCACUGUUCUAGAGAGAAUGUUGAGUGAAUCAGAGAGUCAAGCAGAGAUCCCCAAGACUCUCACGCAUAUGUUCACACACUUCCUGAUCUUUCAGACCAAACUGAAUAGUCAGAAGCAUGAUGGGAAAAGUGAAGUAGAUCUUCAACAGGUUAGAAAGAGUCUUUUGUCACUGGGAAAACUGGCUUUUCAACAGCUGGAGAAAGGGAAUCUGAUCUUCUAUGAGGAGGAACUGAGAGAGUGUAACAUUGAUGUCAAAAAAGCUUCAGUAUACUCAGGAGUUUGUACCCAGAUCUUCAGAGAGGAGUUGGGACUGAACUUGGGGAAGGUCUACAGCUUUGUGCAUCUGAGCAUUCAGGAGUUCCUCGCUGCUUUAUUUAAGUUUUUAUGCUUUGUUCUGGACAAAAAAAACAAGUCAAGAAUGUCCGAAUUACUGAAGAGUGAAGUGGACAAAGCCUUACAAAGUGAGAACGGACACCUGGACCUUUACCUCCAAUUCCUUCUGGGUCUCUUACUGGAGUCUAAUCAGACAAUAUUACAACAACUGCUGAGACAGACAGGAAGAAGAUCUGACAGCAGACAGGAAAUAGUGGAGUACAUUAAGAUGAAGAUCAGAGACAAUCAUUUUCCAGAGAAAUCCAUCAAUCUGUUUCACUGUCUAAAUGAACUGAAUGAUCAUUCACUAGAGCACGAGGUACAAACAUAUCUAAACCAAAAGGAUUACAGUAGUCUCUCUGAAGUUAAACUCUCUCCAUCUCAGUGGUCGACUCUGAUGUUUGUGUUACUGAACUCAGAUCAGAAGCUGGAUGAGUUUAUACUGAGUAAAUAUGAUCAAUCAGAUGAAUGUCUUCAGAGGUUGCUGCCAGUGAUCAAAGCAUCCAGAAAAGCUGAUCUGAGUCUCUGUAAUCUGACAGAGAAAAGUUGUUCAUCAUUGAGUUCAGUUCUCAGCUCAAACUCAUCAAGUCUGACAGAACUGAACCUGAGUUACAAUAAACUGCAGGAUUCAGGAGUGAAGCUUCUCUCUGAUGGACUGAAGAAUACAAACUGUAAACUGAAGAUAUUACAUCUCCGUGGCUGUAAUCUGAAAGAGAACAGUUGUUUAUCUUUGACCUCAGUUCUCAUCUCAAACUCCUCAAGUCUGACAGAACUGAACAUGAGCAACAAUACACUGCAGGAUUCAGGAGUGAAGCUUCUCUCUGAUGGACUGAAGAAUGUAAACUGUAAACUGAAGAUAUUACAUCUGAGUUACUGUAAUCUGACAGAGAAAAGUUGUUCAUCAUUGAGUUCAGUUCUCAUCUCAAACUCAUCAAGUCUGACAGAACUGAACCUGAGUAACAAUAAUCUGCAGGAUUCAGGAGUGAAGAUUCUUGCUGAUGCACUGAAGAAUACAAACUGUAAACUGAAGAUAUUAAAUCUGAGUUCCUGUAAUAUCACAGAAAAGGAAAGAAGUUGUUCUGCACUGGCAUCAGUUUUCAGCUCAAGCUUCUCAAGUUUGACAGAACUGAAUUUAUAUUCCAAUAAACUGUUUGACUCAGGAGCGAAGCUGCUCUUUGCUGGACUAAAGAAUACAAACUGUAAACUGAAAACAUUAAAUCUAGGUUUCUGUCAUCUGACAGAGAAAAGUUGUUCAGUACUGAGCUCAGUUCUCAGCUCAAACUCCUCAAGUCUGACAGAACUGAAACUGAUUGAAAGUAAUCUGUAUGAUUCAGGAGCGAAGCUUCUCUCUGAUGGACUGAAGAAUACAAACUGUAAACUGAAGAUAUUAAAUCUGGAUUGGUGCUUUAUUGGAGAUGAUGGUUUUGUUGCUUUGGCUUCAGCUCUGAGAUCAAACCCAUCACACCUGACUGAACUCAGUCUGAACCAUAAUAAUCCAGGAGAUUCAGGAGUGAAGCUGAUCUUUGAUGUACUAAAGGAUCAACCCUGUAAACUACAAAAACUACUUCUGAAGGACUGUAAAAUGACAGAGAGAAGUUGUUCAUCACUGAGCUCAGUUCUCAGCUCAAACUCCUCAAGUCUGACAGAACUGAACCUUAGUGGAAAUGAACUGCAGGAUUCAGGAGUGAAGCUUCUCUCUGAUGGACUGAAGAAUACAAACUGUAAACUCAAGAUAUUAAAUCUGGAGUCCUGCAGUAUUAGAAAGGAAGGGUUUGUUGCUUUGGCCUCAGCUCUGAGAUCAAACCCAUCACACCUGACUGAACUUAAUCUGUAUUUAAAUUAUGUUGGAGAUUCCAGGAAAUUGAUGUCUGAUCUACUGAAGGAUCCACACUGUAAACUAAAGACACUACAAAUCUGAUCUUGAUUGUAUCAAUCACCUACAAGGGUUACAUAUAACUAAACAGCUGCAUAGAGCCCUGUGUCCACCAGGAGGGUCUCAGGAGCACACACAAUGACAGCUUGAUUUAUAUAUAUAUUAUCUCACGCAUUCGGCAUGAGACUCACGCUUUAGGAUGUUUUACUGUUAACACUGUGAGGGUUUGGGGACAGAUGAACCAAAGCGCAGACGGCAGUACACAAUACAGGACUUUAUUAACAAAAGGGAAAAGAAAACCCACGAGGGGGCAAAACAAACAGGAUAUACAAGAUACUAAUGGCGCUUUUCCAUUGCAUAGCACCCCACGGUUUGGUUUAGUUUGGGUCGGGUCAGCUUACUUUUGGGAGCUUUUCCAUUGGGAUCACUUCAUAGUACCCGAUACUUUUUUCGUACCACCUCGGUUGGGGUUCCAAGCGACCCGAGCUGAUACCAAACGUGACGCGUAAACACUGUAGAUCACUGAUUGGUCUGAGAGAAUCGUCAUCGGCGUCAUCCUAUUAUGUAAAAAUAUUAGCUUUAGCUUACUGCUAGCUUGCGCUGUCUCGAGCAAACAUGUUAUCAUCUGUGCUCUGCUGUAAGUUUCCAAACACCCUUUAAGCGACGAAAAACAUCCACAGGUUGUGAAUCAGGAACACAUAAAAGUUUUGCAGUUUGUGGCGGCACAUUCGCGACGUGCACGUCAGUAUUAUUUAUGCUUUAAUGCAACUUCAUUGAGGCUCAGCGGAGCGCCGUCGACUGACGCCACGGGCGUUUGUACAGAAACUGUCAUGUGAGACAGAGGUAGUUAUAAACUCGAUGUGCAAACAUCUAUUUGUGGUGGCCAAUUUUAAUUUUAUGGCGGACUGAUAAAUAAAUAAAUGUAUGGGAAUGUACAACGACGCUCUCACUUGUAUGAUGUCACAGCCGUAUGCAGCGCAAAUAUAACGACACGCCUAUAAUCCCUCCCACUGCGAAGUGAUACUAAACUCAAUGGAAAAGCUAACCACCCCAAAGUGAGGUGAGCUGACCCAACCCAAACUAAACUAAACCGUGGGGUACUAUGCAAUGGAAAAGCGCCAUAAGUUACAAAACACUGACAGAAUAAGACUACGCUAAGUACAACAAGACACUAAACUGGACUAGUUAAACAGUACAAAUAAACUUGGCUUAACUGGUUUGAAUGCGACAGGAACACAGCUGGAACAAACAGUACGCACGUAGACAGGACAAUGGGCACAAGGACUUAAAUAGGGGAGCAAAUGAUGAGGACAACAGGUGAAAACAAUAAACACAAACAAGGAUCACAAGGGAGCGGGGUAAAAGAGACAAGACACAGGGAACACGUGGUCUAGUAAACCAAUACUGAGACCACGUGAACCCACACAAAACAUGGGUCUGUCAUGAUUCUGCCACAAGACUAGAUUAAACAAAGGACAAGGCAGAACCAUGACAAACACAGGACUGAUCCCACUAAACACAGGACGUCGAAUAGACGUGCAGAUCGUGUCUAUAUUGGGUCCGUCGGUCCAUGACCAAUUCUGGACAUCUAUUCGACGUCCAAACUAGGUCCACUAUUUGGACGUCCAACCAUGACCCUACUUGGACGUCAUAUUUACGGGCAACAUUUGACGUUUAAACUGGGUAAUUUUUUGGACGUCAUUUGGACGUCAUAUUUAUGGGCAACAUUUGACGUUUAAACUGGGUAAUUUUUUGGACGUCAUUUGGACGUCAUAUUUACGGGCAACAUUUGACGUUUAAUUGAACUGGGUAAUUCUUUGGACGUCAUUUGGACGUCUAUGACAGGCCUAUGUCUGUAUUACAUGAUUAGGCCUAUAAAAAAUUUUUUAUUUACAAAUAUCAGCAUUAUUGUACCAACAUGAUUAAUACUUACGAAUAGUCUAUAUUAUUUUAUACAGUAUACUGUGUUUUCUGCUUUCUUUAUUUAUAUACAAAUUCAUCUAAAUGUACAAUUAAAAAUCUGUAAUUAAAUGCGUAGUUCGUUAUAUUACAAUAUAUGAUCAUACUAACAAUUUAACAUGAAAAUAUUCUCACCUGCUCUCAUAAUGUUGCGUUCGUGUUAUGAAUGCAAUAAGUGUGCCUUAUAUACCAAAUUAACAUAUGGCCUUGUGGCUGAGUGGUUAGCGAGACUGGCUUGUGAUCCAGAGAUCGGUGGAUCGAAACCCGCGGCCGGCAGGAAAUGACUGAAGCGUUCGCUGUUGAAAUGGAUGGGUGAAGUGCGGAGACAAUCAUUUCUUUUCGCUUUUUUCAUGUCUUUUUUUCUUACACGGAGGUCCUACGGAUGUAAACAUUUAGACGUGCAGAAGACGUCGCAAAAAAGACGUCGCCUGGCGUUACAAAACAACCCCUUUUAUGUACCGAAUUCGGACGUCCAAAAAUUCCAUGAAAAAGACGUCAUUCUGACGUCACUUUGCGCAGUGGGAUGGUAGUGCUCACCUUUUCUUCUUCGGACAAGCUUUUUCCAGAUGCUCAAACAAUUGGAAAGAGGCAUAAUUGGUGCUUACUGAUUCAACAACUGAAUGUAUUUUAGGAGAUGGUCCUGGCACUUACUGGACUUUCUUGGGUGCCCUAAAGCCUUCUUCAAAACAAUUGAACCUUUCUCCUUAAAAGUUCUUAAAGAUCACAUAACACACCAUUUCUGCCAAUCUAAUGUUAACUAUUUCCCUGCCAAUGACGAGUUAUCUCACCAAUUAAGAGAAAAAAAUGCAUAAAAAACAUGCUCCUAAUUAGGUUUUAUGUUAAUCUGUAAUACCGCGAUUAUCCAUUUACCCAAUUUAAUUUUUUUACUAAUUUUAAACUCUGUGUAUGUUUUAACAAUUGUUCUGAAUCUGAUCUCUAAUAAAAUUCCUUCAUAAAAAUAGCA